AACAGUCUGCCUCAGCAGCUUUCCCCACUCUUGUUUCCUCCUGAUGACGAUCGCUUGUGUUGUGAUGGAAACGCCUUAGGUUUAUUUUCUGUUAUUUUCUUUGAACCUAUUUCCGUGACUUUACCGAAAGCCCCAAAGAAUAUGAAUUCCUCAGUCACGAAAGCCUUAAAAGUCUAGUGUUAUGAAUCCUCACACAUAACAAACAAAAAAAGUCCUGCGUCGUCGACUCUAUCGGCAAAAGUUGGGGGAGCUCCGCGGACGCGGGGAAGCUCCCCAAACACCAACACCGCCACCAACAACAACACCACCAGCCCCGUCUCCUCUCAACGCUGUCUCCCCGCUCACUCGAGUGAUGAGCGGCGGUGUUGUGGGGGGGUUAGCCCGCCCGCUCGCUCGCUCGCCCGCGCGCUCUAUUUAAAGAGAUAAUACGAUUCGAGGGGGGGUGGUGUGUGUGAGUAGUGGUGGUGAGGUUGAGAGAGAAGUGGCGGGGGGGGGAGGAGAGAGAGAAAAACCCCAACGCGGCGGCGGAGCGAAGAAGAGAAGAGAGCGAGCGACAUUUAACAACAACAACAAACCGCACGCGGACACCGAGCGGGGCUACCGACGAGUGGCGAAACACAAACAAGGUGAGGGAGUCUGGUUGGUGGCCUCAGCAAACAGUGGGGCCUCAGUCUGACAAUGGAGCUGCUUGCAGGUGUCACCCUAGCCGAGCAUGCUGGGCGGGAGGUGCUGAUGUGCGGAGAUCAGUCGGACCCCGUGGGGCAGACGUUCGGGGACGACGUGACGGACGGCGAGAAGGACGCAGGGGACAUGACCAUGGAGGUGGUCGAGGAGGAGGCGGGCACCAUCGAGACGGAGGAAACGGACGGUCCAGUGGACGGCGGAGACACGGCGAUGUUGAUGAGUAAAGAAGAGACUCGGGGAAACCUACAGGAAGCCGCCAGAGCUAUCAUCGAGACUGGCAAGACAAACCACGUGCCUGGCAAUGCAGGCGCAACACAGAUAAUUUUGGGUCAGGCGCUGGGCCAAACGCUGGGCCAAACGCUGGGGCAGACGGUGUCUGCAGGGGUGAUGGCCCAGCCUGGAGGUCAGCCCUUCCUUAUCCCCAUCAGCCUGGCAGGGCAGCUGGGUGGCUCCCAGCAGAGCCUGCUGUUCACGCUCCCAUCUGGGGGGCUCGUCGAUGCCGCGACAGCAGGAGGCGGAGCGGUUGGCGGCACGAGUGGCGGCGCUGGUGCUGCACCCAUGUGGUGGCAGCUGCUGGCUGCCGGUGCCGGGGGAUCCGGUGUCCAGGGUGCCUUGAUGGGCACCGGCAAUGCCGGCGGUUUGGCGGCCAGUGCGCUGAAUCUGGCCGGGAUUCAGACGCUGGGGAUGGCAACGGGUGGGGGAGGGGGGCUGGUGGUGCUGCCCCUACAGACGUUGCAGGCUCCGACCAUCGUCGGCUCGCAGAUGCAGCAUGUGCAGCAGGUGCAGCAGGUGCAGCAGGUGCAACAGUUCCAUCAGGUCCAUCAGGUGCAACAAAUGCAGCAGGUGCAGCAGGUGCAGCAGGUGCAAGCUGUGCAACAGGUGCAAGCUGUGCAACAGGUGCAAGCUGUGCAACAGGUGCAAGCCGUUCAACAGGUGCAACAAGUGAUGGCACAGCAGGCCUGCCCCAAGCAGACUGUGCAAAAGGGCCCAGCACUGCCCACCGCCAGCCGCACGGGCCCCCUACAACAGGCAGUGAGCAUCAUCCCGCUCGUGAGCUUGCCUCCCCAGACGACCCCACAGCCGGUGCCGGCACCGCCAGCACCCUGCCAACUGCAGACGGCCACGCCGCAGAUCGUCACCAACGCCCAGGGUCAGGUGGUCGGCGUCCUCAUCGGCAACCAGCUCAUGCCCAUCGCCGGUCCCGGCACUCAGCUGAUACAGCCCACGUCUCACUUCCUCCCCAUGGACCCCAGCGGGCAGCUCUAUGCCACCACGGCCGCCGCCACCUCCACGCCGGCGCCCGCCAGCAACCAGGUGGCGACGCCGAAGUACAGCGUCGUCGGCAACCAGUUGAUAACAGCGGGCGAGCAGCUGCUGGAGGGCGUGAGCUCGCCGACGCAGAUAGCCCUGUCGCCGGUAAAGGUGGCGCAGAAGGCCGGCGGCUGCGCGAGCGUGACGUCGCCUCUGAAGAUUGUCACGGCGUCGCCGGUUGGCGCGGCGGAGAAGCCGGCCAAGGCCAUUAGGAACGUCCCUAUACUCAAGCGCAGCAAGCAGACGGCGCAGUGCAGCUUGCUCCUUGCGCAGCCCAACGGAAUCGCCCCCACCCAGACGGCUGGCCAGGGGGCGCCAGCAGUCAUCAGCGUGAACCUCUCUGCCGCGGAAGAGCGCCCGGCCGGUGGCGUCGGCCUCGGCGGCGGCCCCUGCGGUGCCGGCGGCGCCAGCGGCGGCGGCGUUCUGGACCUGAGCGAGGCCGUGGACCUGGAAGAGAUCCGCGAGUUCGCCAAGGUGUUCAAGCUGCGCCGCCUGGCGCUGGGCCUCACACAGACGCAGGUGGGGCAAGCGCUGAGCGCUGCCGAGGGGCCCGCCUACAGCCAGUCGGCCAUCUGCAGGUUUGAGAAGCUGGACCUGACGCCCAAGAGCGCGCAGAAGAUGCGCCCAAUCCUGGAGCGCUGGAUGGGCGAGGCGGAGGCGCGGCACCGCAUGGGCACGCAUACGCUCACCGACUUCAUCGGCAGCGAGCCGUCCAAGCGGCGCAAGCGGCGCACGUCCUUCACGCAGGAGGCGCUCGUCAUCCUCAACGCGCACUUCGACGUGGGCAUGCACCCGACGAGCGCCGAGAUGACGCAGAUCGCCGAGCAGCUGGGCUACGACCGCGAGGUCGUGCGCAUCUGGUUUUGCAACAAGCGCCAGGCGCUCAAGAACACCAUCAAGCAGAUCAAGCACCACCAGCACAUCCAGCAGAGCUUCGCCGCCAGCGCGCAGGCAGUGGCUGUUAGUUCCGCAGCCCCUGCAGCCUCCGUCGUCACUGCCACCACCACGGCCAUGGACACGUCCAACGUAGAGCAGGUGUUAGUGAUGGUGCAGGCAGAACAUGACGCCGCCGUUGCCGAUGCCACCGCCGAUGCCACCGCCGAUGCUGCCGACACCAAGGCCGGCGCGGGGCAUGGUACGAACGAGACAGAAACGUUGGGGGACGCAAGCGCGAUGGAGGGGACGGUGGAUGGCGGCGGUGCUGGUGAGGAAGUCUCUGCCGAAGCUCUGAUGAGGGCGCUGGGCAAGGUGGUGUGAGAGGGCGAGGAGAGCUGACGCGGUGUGGCAGCAGCGUGGAUUCCAUGUUCUGGUGCUCGCCGCUCCACCACUGGCGAGUUCAACUCGUGUUACCGGGCGGUGCCGCGUUUUGUCUGUUUUUAAACAGGAACUAGUGGGAGGUGGUGUGUGCCAUUUUCCACACCACUGUUGUCUGCUUUUUUAGAAAGUACUUAAAUUCCAGGAAACAUUGCCUUGAAACGUGCCCAUUACAGUGAAAGAAGAGGUGGAAAGAGGGGUGGAAGGGGAAAUAAAGUAUACAGUUACUUUCUGGCAACACAGAACUUGUGGAGGAAUGACAAUUCUGCCAAAUAAAGGGGCAGGAGAUAGCUACAGAAAGCGAUCGCACCUCUGUAAACUCGUCUGCGAUUCUGGACUUCACUGCUUAUCACUACUGCCGAUACAAUCGUAUAACAUCAGUGCCUGGUUGUUGUGGUUAUGCUAGAAAUGUUACUCUGAAAUUGCCCCCAUUGCUUGCCGAGCAGUCUGUUAAGGCACCCACAGUGGUUUUGUUUUGAGUAUAAUGGUGUAGCCGUUUCAGCAUUAAGCCCCCUAAGAGCACUGUCUCAAAACUCGUCUCUGCAGAUUCUAACUUUUUAAAACGAGCUACUUAAAAAACAUGUUAGUAGGCUGUUCCUCGGAGGCGUUCUCAGCCCACCUUGCAAUGACUUGCAGCUAUAACAUUUAAUCAGCUUGCUCAUUCGCGUCAUUAACACUAAACCACCGUAAGUGUUUGCAGGUUUUAUUCGUCGCGUGUUCAUUCUACUAUACAGCGAUCAGCCACACAGGGUCAUUAGCUUCGUAGAAGCGACAUUGAAUCCCUAUAGGAGACGCGUGACUUCAACCCAAUUUUGUGUGCAUUGUUGGUAACCUGAACUCAGUUUCAGUUUUCAGUUUCAUUUAUUUGGUA